AUGAACCAAAAUCUAUUUACCUCUUUUAUAACCCCAGUAAUACUAGGCAUCCCCAUCAUCACCCUAAUCAUCAUAUUCCCAACUAUCUUGUUCCCAGCACCAACCCGGCUAAUUAACAACCGAACAAUCUCUAUCCAACAGUGAUUGACCAAAUUUCGAUCGAAACAACUAAUAAUUACACACAACUCCAAGGGACAAACCUGAUCCCUCCUACUUGUUUCACUUAUUCUAUUCAUCACCUCUACCAAUCUCCUCGGAAUACUACCACACUCAUUUACACCUACCACACAGCUCUCAAUAAAUAUAGGAAUAGCCGUUCCCCUAUGAGCCGGCACUGUCAUCAUAGGCUUCCGAAACAAGACAAAAGCAUCUCUAGCCCACUUCUUGCCCCAAGGCACACCCACCUUCCUUAUCCCUAUACUAGUAAUUAUCGAAACUAUCAGCCUAUUGAUCCAACCAGUAGCACUAGCCGUACGGCUAACUGCCAAUAUCACAGCAGGCCACCUGUUAAUACACCUAAUCGGAAUAGCCACCCUCGCACUAAUAAGCAUCAGUCUAUUCACAGCCUUCAUCACAUUCAUCAUUCUCACCCUCUUAACCAUCCUUGAAUUUGCCGUCGCCCUAAUCCAAGCCUAUGUUUUCACCCUCCUAGUAAGCCUGUACCUGCAUGACAACACAU